AUGGCCGGUGAUACGCGACAGCUCGCCAACGACUCGCGAGUCAGGAAGGCGCCCAACCGCCAGUCGCGCUCCUGCAAAGUCUGCCGGCUCCGCAAAGUCAAGUGUGACCGUGUCAAGCCCUGCCAUGCAUGCUGCGCGCAUGGGUACCCAUCCAAAUGCGUGUAUGAGAGCGUCCCCGACGACGAGGCUCGGCCGAUCAGCCAGGCCGAGGAGAUCCGAAAUCUGCGCGAAGAGAUCCAGGAUCUCCGCAAGAGAAUAGACGGCCGGCGGGACGCCUCCGACGGCCCUGGUGAAACUCCCCCCGCUAACGCAUUCUCGGCUGCAGGGACCCAGGCCCGGAGCCUCCAGCGGCUGGACACGCUCGAGAGCUUAUUUGAGUCUAUUCGCUCCGCCCCGCCACGCGUCGUCGAUGACUUGGUCCGUGAUAUUCGAGCCACGCAUGGCGGCUUGAAGAGAGAAGUGACGCCGGUGGGGCCGUGGGAGGGCCUCGAGGCAUACGAGACCUACGAUUACCAGCGACAAGGAUCUCCGUCAUCCGUGAUUCCAAUCCGCCGGAGUCUCCACAACGGUAGCCCCGAGCAAAACUUCAAUGAUCCAGUUGUGCCCAAUGGCCAUGAUGACGAUGACGAGGAAGACGACGAGUUUGGAGAACUCAUGUCUGUGGACAGUGGAUCAGACUCGUCGAGGUCAUCGGGCACAAUUUCGAUUAUGAGCACGCAGCGUCCGGCAGUGGAUGUCUUUGUCGAACGCUUCCUGGAUGCCUUUAGCCCCGAAGUGGACAUCAAAUCUGGGCGAGCUGGCGCCAUCCGAGCUGCAGCCGGGAUCCGCAUGUUCUCCCCACUCAUUUCCGAUGCGUUCGAGGCGGUGUCGGUGGCCUUCUUUGGACGUUCUAUUCAAGACAAACAGAUUGAGGCGUCUGGGUUUCGGCUGUAUCCGCGUGUGUUACGUGGGCUGCAGGAUGCGCUGAACGACCCGGAGCGGUGUAAAGCAGAAUCGACGCUGGUGACCGUGAUUCUUCUGCUAGCGUUUGAGAGCGUGGAACGCACUACUCAACGCGGUGUCGCCGCUCAUGUCCGAGGCGCAGUGCGCCUGAUUGAGCAUCGUGGACCGGAAAACCACAUGUAUGGAGUCGAGCACCUCUUAUUCACUGAGUUGCGACCAUACUGGAUUGGUGGGGCACUGGCUGCUCGACAACCCUCGUUCCUCGCCCGCGAAGAAUGGAAAACCAUCCCCUGGUCGGCUGGAACGACCACAAAAGACAUCUUGCACCAUCUCUUGGAUCUGGCGGCCGAUAUCCCAGGCCUACUGGCGCAAUCCGACACGUUCCAGGAAGAAGAGCGAUCGUCCGUGAUGAGCGCACAGGAAAGCGCCGUCAAGCAAGCGUCUAUCUGGAACGGAAUCACCGAGCUGACGAGUCGCUUUCAACAAUGGUACCAAGACUGGGUAGUGGCGUACCCCGACGGCCCCCCACAGGAAGUUGAGCAAACUGCCGACCAAGAUUUCCCCAUCUUCCGACAGCGCAAUCCGCGCACCGGGGCGGUCUUUACCCCGACCAAAAUCUCCUACCCCAACCUCCUCCUUGCACAAACUAUGUCCGUAUAUUACGCCUUUCGACUCGUUCUGUCGUCGAUCGAUACUCGCCCCGAGGACCGCGUAACUCCGCUCGAACAAUACGGGUUCGCCUGCGGGAUCUGUCGGACGCUCGAGUGGUAUAUCCUAACUGCGCCGGGUAACAUGAUCAAUCGUCUCGCUUUCCCCACUCGCGUUGCCUGGGAGGGACUUCCGGACCGGGGCCCUGAACGGCAAUUCAUGAUCGAAGUGUUGAAGCUCGUGGAGCGACGGCAUGCACUUGGUCUUUGGGGAAGUGGCAUGGCCGAGCUCUCUGUUCGCGAAAACUCGCCUCUUAAUUCCGAUGAAUGA